AUGCUAGAAUUCACAGGGUUCGUUCGACCGAAUCAAGUCAGUCCAAGACUUUUCGCAGCUUGCACAUUUUUAAUGCUCAUCGUCACGAGUAAGUGUUAUUAUAUCUUUAUCGCUCUGAGUGUGAGUUUUAGAGAAGGUUUUGGUAAUUGUUAUGGAUACAAUAGUAUCUGAAUAUUCGUAUCGUUUGUCUUUAGGUGGUGUAUAUCGCAAUGUUUCGACUGCUUGAGGCGAUUUUAUACAAGAGACUACUUGCAACGAAGAUUUUUAGGGCCAAAGUGUUGUAAUAAUGUUGUAAUAAUUUAAACACUAUUGCAACACUGUUGUAAAGUUGUAUGGCGCCAAAGAAAUCGUCGUCGCUGAAUCAUCCACGUGUAAAAUCGUCCUUACAGGCUUUCUUCUUCAGCCAAUGUCUUGCGGUCCUUACCAGUGCGGUAGCCAGACCAAACGGCCAACCGAGGCAGGCGGGAGUUGCUAGGGGGGUUCGGGGGCAUGCCCCCCCCCCCGAGAAAUUUUGAACUUUAGUCUCUCGGAAAUGCGAUUUGCAGCGUUUUCUGGGCCUUUCGGUAACUUUUUUUCGAGUUAAUUUAAGUGGAAUUUAAAAAGCAAUAAUCAGAAACAAGCUACAUAAUCUGGGUGACCGUUAACCUCGCCAAUGGUUUUGAUCAGUAUUUGUUCAAAAAAAAUUUGAGUUAACGUACGUAGCCCCUUGAGAUCGAUGAUAUGGUAAUUUUUUCAUAGUAUAUUGACUGAAUUGCUGAAUUCUUUGUAAUAUCAUGAUGCGUUAAAAUUAUCCGAUGAUCGCUUAUGUAAAAUAAAAAUGAUCGGGGAAAUUCGUCAAAAUUUUACCGAGGCGAGUGCCUCGGUUGGCCUCAUACUAGCUACGGCGCUGCUUACGAGAGUCUUUUCAGUCUGCCAUAUAUCGGUCUACGACAGAUCUAGAAAACUUAAGGGAAAAAAUCUUAAAUUCCUCAACAUACAAUGCGUCCUGCAUCUUCCAGUUUUGAGGAACGUUUGUUGUUAUUGACAAAUUAAGUUGAGUCAUAAGCCGUAACGUUUUAGAUUUGGAGCUUUAAAAGAUAUAUUUUGGCAGUACGAACUAUCAAAUCAUGGUUCUUAACGAUCAAAUCGUAGCUUAUAAAUGCUUAUAACAUUAUGACUUGUUUUACUAUGCAGUUUGAACGACAUUCUUUCUGCUAAAUCGGAAACUGCAUGCUCAGUUCUCUUUUCUAUUUGCAAACUGCGUCUUUCAUUUUACCAUCAUGAUACGACCAAAUUGGGAGGAGGAUUGAUACGUUCGGGUGGCCGUCGACAAUCGUGGGGUUUUGUUCAGUUCGGCCUAUUCAGUCUCAAUCAUUAUCCUGUGACGUAUUGGUUCGGUCACGGCGAUCCAUCUAUUUGAUUACAGUUUUUCAUUCGCUAAUACCUAUAUCGAGAUCCCGAUGAGUCAGGAUCAUAUCACGGUCUUAGUUUGAGAGUCUGUCGGAACAAACCUUUCAUGUAUUAAAGACUGGGCUGUCUUUGAAGUUUGUGAGAAUAAGAGAAUAAUACUCCUCUGAUACUUAAAAGCCCUAACCUUUUUUUGCUUACUCAUCACAUCUUCAGACUCGCUGCUUGCGUGGUUGGCCUCAGAAAGGCUUUAUGAAUAAUAAGUGUGUGUAUACUAAUGAGAUUUCAGAUUCUUUUUUCAGAAACCUUUUCAUACCCGAUCAUAAUAAUGUUUUCAGUAAAUAUUGAUUUUUUUUUUCUGCGAUGAAGACAUUUCCUUUUGUCCGCCAUGAACCUUAGCAUCAACGUGGCAGAAUAACAGAACGGCAUUAUGCUCAUUGGUUGACUGCGUACGUUUGUAGAUCAUCCGCUCCGUUUCUAAGAAUGCAUUUAGCUUGCCCUGAACAAACUCCGUUCGAAACUCGCAUAUUUUAAUAACAGUCAUGCUAAGGGACAUGAUCGUAAUCAAGUCCUGGCGAUUGUAUUCAGUGUCUCAGUGUGUAUACAAAUGCUUGACUAUUUGUGUAUGAAAAUGAAGGAAAUCAACCGUAUCUGAUUCAUUCCACUUGUUAUCAGUAGACAAAAACUUAAACAGUUUUUUCCACUGGCGAACUGAUAGACGAUUUUAAAGUUCGAGAAAAAUUACACUUUCAUCUACUUUUGAUAACAUUCUCAAUCGUACGCCUUUUCAUUUCAACAUUUAAAUAAUAAAGCAAAAUAUGCUCAAAUUUAUUUUACAGACCUCUGUUCUAAAAAAACCAUCGGCUCCUGUCUUAGGACAUGUGCAACUGAAAAAGCCGACAAUUACGAAUUCUCGCUGUACUGGCUUUAUAUGACGUAAGGAAAUUUCGUAAGCGAGGGCACAAAAAGUGCAAACGUGCAACAAAAUUCACAGUUCAUUAGAUAGUUUUUAUUUUAAUUAUUUUAUUUCAUUAUCUAUUUUUAUUUCAUGGGUUUACUGAAAAAUUUUCAAUGCUACAGUUCGAUAAAGUCUAGAAUCUAACCGUUUCCCGCGGCAAUGAAAGGUGUUUCGGGCUUCCGAUGCCACUCAGUAACUGAAGUUCGUGCAUGUAGUUUUUAAUAAGAGGAAACGUAAACAGACUUUUCGCCAAUCAAAACAGGUACUCAAGAGAUUACGGCCCUGUCAUUCAUCAAAAAAACAGCCUCAUUCACUUGAGCCACUUAUCAAAGCACAGUGGUACUGUGCCUGUGUUAUUGUAUUAAAGCGACACUGUGUUUAAAAAAGAAACAGUUGAACCAUUAUAUUUUAAUACUCCCCUGGUGUUGUGUUAACAACAGAAAACUGAAUAGAGACAACGUACAAUAGGGUUUAAUUUUUGAUGACAGCAUUAUACCCUAUAAAAAUGAUAGACGUUUUUAAGGUAAAUCUACAAUUUCUCUGGCUAAUCAAGGUUGCCUGCAUAGUUAAAAGUUUCUUUCCGAAAGGUACCCAUAGAAGCCAUUCAUAUUUCUCAUUGUUUUUACUAUGAGGUUUGAACGUUUUUUACUUCAGACCUGUCAACCCCUGAUAAAGGAAAAUCUGGAGACUCCUGAAUAAAAAUCCGCCUCUAGAUUCUACAAAAAGUAGUGAGAUUCUAAUAUGACGUAUGACACCAUCGUAUUCAAAAACCUCCGUUUUCGUCCGUCCACACGUAAACGGGAAGCCACUCUUGAACGGAGCGUUUUUGAAAAGACGCGUUUUUCCACUGGGACAGUUUUCACCGAGGCGUGUGGACGGCAGGCCAGACAGCAGGAAAAAUCUCCUCUUUCAACCAAGACGGAUACGUGUGAACGGGGCUUUAGAAUCCGCAAAAAAUUCGUGCCGUUUUAUUGUGUUGUUUUCAUGCUUAAAUUUAUUAAUUUUUUUCAUGAAUAAAUGUAUUUUAAUUAUUGGUUAAUUCUCUUUUCAAUUGUACGCAAUCCGUUAUUCGCAAAAUGAAGAUUGAUUCCAAAGCCAGCAAAGUUAAAACUUUGAUUCAGCUUCAUAAUAAAUAUUAGUAUAUUUUACAACUGGCCGUCAUCGGUUCAUAGUGACACCUUUCUAUCAGAUACAUAUCGUUUUUAAUUGCUAUUUAAACUGAUCAUGACACGUGUUAAAAGUGAAUAUAAUCAUGGUUCAUAAUAAGCUCCUGGUGGGUAAACAGUGAUAAAAAGAAUGUGCAAAGUUUGGCUGACUUUAAAAUCAGAAAUAUGUUCGAUUUGUAUAAGCUAGAAACAGAGUUUCUACGCACUUCGAGAGCCUCUGGCUGAAUUUCAAGGUAUAAUACUGUAAUUUACGGCGAAAUCCUACCUGCUGACAUGGCAGACUUUGUUGGUAUAUUGUUUCAGUACUUUCCCUCUUCUAAUAUAAAUAUUAGCGCUAAAAAUUGACCUUAAACUAAUUUCGUGAACUGUGGAUGGUUCUGUUUACAUCUCUAUUGUACUCUUUUGUUUUCAAUGAUUGUAUAACUUGGAUCAGCUCUUCAAUUUGGCUGUUUCCUGUAGCUCCCAAUUGGAUUUACCUUUCCCAUUUCUGAAGUUUAGAGUUAAAGCAACGAGUUGAUUAAAAUAGUUCAAAACUGGAAAAACCUGUCUUUCACAAAAGUCAGUCUUGCAAGGAAAGUGUCACAUUAAAUUGUGUAACAUAUAUCAACGCUUUAAUUACGAUCACGUGUAUGUUUACAUUGCUUUACACUUAUCAGCCAAUAAGCUUUAAAGACUGGGCUGUCUUUGAAGCCUUUUUAGUGAGAAUAAUGAAUAAAUAAUACUCCUCUGAUACUUAAAACAGGAGCACCCAACGAGAAUAUAGUUCAAAACCACUUAAACAUAGCAUUGUUAAAGGUAGUUUAGUAUUUAAACGGUUGAUACAGGCAUAUUUUUAUUCCCUAAAAAAUUUUCAUCUGUUCGGAUUUCCUAGCUGAAAGUCUAGUGAUCCGCCGAAAAUUAUAGGGAUCAAAACUUUCAUUUUCAAAAAUUCAGCCAGAAAAAAGGCUCCCGCAAAUUCUAGGUGACCUUUUUAGGGUAAAAAUCCGUUAAAAAUGGGCAAUUAUACCAUUUUUUAGAUGUUAGAAAAUCCUAGGAGAGGCAGGCAAGCAAGAAAUUUUACAACAAAUGUUCUGAAAAUUCUAGAUCUCAAAUCGUCUUCCGAACAGAUAUUUUCCAUGAAAAAUUGACGUUGGGUGCCCCUGUUAAAAGCCCUAAUUUUUUGUUUACGCAGCACAUCUUCAGACUCGCUGCCGCGGGAAGGCUUUAUGAUCAAUACUAAGUAUGUGUGUAAUGAGAUUUCUGAUUCUUUUUUCAGAAACCUUUUCAUGCCCGAUCAUAAUAAUGUUUGCUGUAAAUGUUAAUAAUAUAUAUAUAUUUUUUCUGCAAUGAAGACAUUUCCUUUUGUCGGCUAUCAACGCGGGCAGCAUUACGGAACGACAUGUGUCGGAAACUUUAUACCGAUAAUUUUUAUGCGCAGCGGUUGACUACGUACGUUUGUAGAUCGCCCGAUAUUUUAGUAAUCGCCGUACAUUUCUUGGAAUCCUGAACUAUUUCCAGAAAAAGGCGCUCCGUUUCUAAGAAUGCCUGCUAGCUCGUUUGAACAAAUUCUGUUCGAAACUCCCAUAUUUUAAAAAUAGUCAUGCUAAGGGACAUGAUCGUAAUCAAGUCCUGGCUAUUGUAUUAAUUGUGUAUACAAAUGAUUGACUAUUUGAGUAUCAAAAUGAACAAAUCAAUCUUAUCUGAUUAAUUCCACUUAUUAUCAGUAGACAAAAACCUAAAACAGUUUUUUCCACUGGCGAACUGAUAGAUUAAACGAUUUUCAAGUUUCAGGAACCAAGCGGACAGUUUCAUCUACUUUUGAUAACACUUGCAAAUUGAACGCCUUUUUAUUUGAACGUUUAAAGAAAAAAAAAGAUAUGCUCAAAUUUAUUUUACAAACCACCGUCGGAAAAAAAUAUUUGCUUCUGUCUUUAAACGUGUGCAAUUGAAAAAUGCUGACAAUCAUGAUGAACUCCUGCGGCACAUUUUUUUUACUGGCUUAUGACAGACGUAAGGAAACAUGUUUCGCAAGCGAGGGCACAAAAAAGUAGAAACGUGGCGUGUGAACAGGCUCUCUGUUUGGGGAAAGGGUGAAAAAAAACUGAACCUUUCCCUUCCCUCUCCUCGCGAUUUUUUCACCCUUUCCCCAAACAGAGAGCCUGUUUACAUGCUAGUGGAAACGCAGCAAAAUUCUUUUGUUUUCUUCAGAGGAAUGUGCUGCCGGAAAGCAAGAAAGCAAGAGUACGUUUAAGUUAUGGCCGAAAUACUGAUUACCUUGUAAAGGAUUCCUGAAUAUGUGUUAUGCAAGUAUGUCAUGAGAAUAUUUUGUUGGUUUCCAAAUAUACUUGACCAAUGAGAGCCAAGGGGAAAUUUCCCGUCGACUUGAGCGUUUUCUCAUGCAUGGGUGCCCAGUGAUAAAAUAAAGAGCAAAAAGCAAUCCCGAACACCUUCAGUUGCGUUAAACUUCGACGAAGACUGUGUCCCGUAAAUUCUGCUUACGAUCCAAAUGAUGUCCUCACCUGGCAGUAGCUUUCAAACGCCUUUGAUAUCCCACGGCCUUUUUUACUUGUUUUACGUCUUCCUUGGUAAGAGUAGUUUUUUGUUAUUUUUGUGUAUUUUUAAGGGUAAAUGCUCUACGCCACCCAACCACUGUAAAACACUUCAGUGAUACUGAAUUAAUCGUCACAGUUCAUCAGACAGUUUUACAUGUAAUGUCUAAUUUCAUUUUAUGGUUUUAAAUAAUUUGCAAUGCUACAGUUCGAUCGAUACAGUCUAAAAUCAUGUCCGUUUCCCGGCAAUAAAGGCUGGUUCGGGCUCCUGAUGCUACUUUAACUGAAGUUCGUGCAUGUAAGUUUUUAUAAGCCAAAACGUAAACAGACUUUUCGACAGUGCUGACACUUGUACUCAAGAGAUAACGGCCUCUGUUAUUCGGCAUCAGAAAUAUAGCCCCAUUCACUUGAGAUACUUAGACAAAGCGCACUGGUACUGUGCCUAUGUUGUCUAUGUUAUUAUGACACCGUGUUUAGAAAGGACACAGUUAAACAAUUAUAUUUUAAUACUUCCCUGGCGGUGUUUUAACAGCAAAGAAUAAUAAAGACAACGUACAAUAGGCCGUUUUAAAAUUUCUCCUGCUAAUCAAGGUUUCUCGCAUAGACCGCAUAGUAAAGUUUCUUCUGUGCUCGUGAGGGAUAAGACCGAAGUUGGAAAGGUACCCACAGAAGCCGAAGCCCGAAGUCAGUGAUGUGUAUUCAUUUCAUAUUUAUGAGGUUUGAAAGUUUGCACACUGAUGACAACCGGACUAUUGUUCAAAGAAAAAGCUCCAUAUUUUGCAUUCACUCAAUUUUUCCUAAGUGCUUUUAUGAUGUUUAUCACUGUAUUUUCACCUGACAACCGUUGAAGGCUUCAUAUGUUUGCUGACGGUCCUGUGAUAUAUGUCUACUUAUACACGUUUUUUACGCAACUUUUUCUACGUCACUUGGUCGUGACUCAAAGAAAAGCUUGAAAUCCUGUUACGUUUUAACUUUAACUAAACUGGGUUAUAGCAUCAGUUAAAUAUCUGAUAAGCAAUUGAUAUAUUUAAGAACUUCAGGAGCUGAGCCGUAACAGUCUCUGAUUCUUUAUGUGUACCUAAUUUAUGAAUUAGUUAGUACCCCUGAGAACAAGUUCAAGUUUAUAAAACAUUUGACUUAGCUGGUUUCAUCUGAGCACACGAACCGUCAUUCAGUUUUAUUUACCUACGAAAACACUACAUUAUACAAUAAUAGACCUAUUACCUGCCUUAUUACCUGCUAUACGAUAAGCAUGAAUGAGAACUAGUCUCCCACGCAGGCGUUUUUAGGGGAGCACGACCUAAAUCGAGCUCCCCUAAAAACGCCUGCAUGGGAGGCUAUAUGAGAACAGACUGUUUUUAAAACAACUUUCAAGCUGUUCAUAAAAUGAUGUCACGCCGGCUUUGCUCAUGUUGUCUUCUGUUAUAAGACAAAGUCAUGCUUAGUAACGAUGACUAAGUAAUCCUCAAUGAAAAUUUCUCCACGUGUGUUUAACAAAAUUAGACAAAGUAUAGUGAUGCAAUUUUAGAUACAACAAACAAAUAACAAAGGAAGAGGAAAUGACUAAUUGACGGGUUUUGCUUGAAACAUCACUUAGAAAAGCUGUGCAGUAAUUUAGUCGUUGCGUUUUUUCCUCAGUCUGCAACGUCAGCAUUUUAUAAAACAAAGCCUUACUAGGCUGAAAGCUCAGUUCCCGUGACCACGUCAGUACGGCCGUUUUAAAGUAUAUGAUCUACUUUCGCAAAUCCUUGUCAACAAAACCUACGAGAUUUUUGCUGACUUUGAAACUGUUUAGUUAAAGCCGGCUUUCAUUUGUUACCCGACUGGAUGAAAAGAGCUGUUUUCGUUAUGGUGGUUCGUUCAGUAUAUUCCUCGAGAACAGCACCAAUCCUCUGGGCAAUUAUCUUCUUCUAUGGCGCUGCUGCUACCGGUAGGUGUGUCUUAGGAUUCAGUUUAUACACACACAAAAAAAAACAAAAACAAAAACAGAAUAUUAUUUUAAAUUAAAGCUGCAAUUCACUACAAGCUAGUGAAAUUUGCCAGAUCCAACACCCAGUCUUACCCUGGGGCUCCCUGGAGUAUUGACAAGUCCACGCCAGACAACUAGAAAUAUCACUGAUUGGUCUACGAGGCGAGGCAUUUCCAAGCUUUCUUACUAUCAGGUAACUACUCAGAGUGAAACUUUGGUCAACAUUUGCACGAAAUUAAAUUAAAACGCUGUGCUCUCUCAAAUCAAUCCGGCCACAAAGGAAUCUUGACAUCAGACAGGAGAUUAUAGAAUCCAGUAUAUCUACUAACAAGGCUUAGUUUAUUGCAAUCUCCUACUGGCUUCGUGCUAUGCACUUAGAGGGUGUACAGUUGUUUCCCGAGAAAGUCAACACCACAUACUGCGCAAUACCCUAACAUCAGCUCGCAGGUUUCAAAAAAGGCUACAAAACAAUAUAUGCUAUUUUAAGUCAUGACGAAGUUUAUGCUGUUAGCUAUGGGGCCCCUUUGUUUAGGCCGUCAGAAUUUCACUUGACCAUGACUUCUGAUCUCUAGAUAAAACUUGAUUAAAACAUUCCAUGUACUAUAUCUAUUGUUCUAAAACGCUCUAAUUAAAUUUCUGUCAAUCUUAUUUUGUCCUUUGGUUUAUUUCAUUAGUCAUCACCGACCAUCUGCUGACUUGUAAUGUGUUUCUGUUGAAAAAUAAUGUUUUAAAUUUAGUGAUCACAAUGUACCUUCAUCGGAAACCUUUUAUAAUGACUUUCUGUAACAGACAAUGUUGUCUCUUUUUCCCGAACCCUAAGUACCUUUGCAAAGGAUUGGAUGAUUCAUCGAGCUUUAAAAAUGAUUUUGACAUAUCCUAAUUAUUAUUUUGAAAACUCUCGCGCGCUAAAAUCAUGAGUUGAAUGAUCGUGACGACAUUGGCAUUGUUACGUUCCCUUUUGUUUUACUCACUUGCCGUCUGCUUAUUUCCUUAUCUUCACUGUCUGUUCACUCACUCUUGUUGAAUCGAUAAAUGUGUCUGAUAUUUCAAUUUCCAGUUUAAGGCAAAAAAAAGUUUAAAAUUGGGUCAGACUUCAGGCGACUGAAGAACACGUUUUAGGCGACUCAAGCGUUCGAGUCUUCCGGUCAAUGAUGAAAACUAAUCAAUAAACGUAGAGGAUGAAGCCCUAAAUAUAAAGCCGCUGACCUAAUGAAAUAUGCACUCCCUCUUUAACUUUAAUUUUAUGCAGUGCGAUAUCGGCGUAGUCAAGUUAGCAUUGGCCUCCUUUUAUUGCCGCUACAGCCAUUGCAAAGAGUUUUAUUCAGUUUUUAACUUUCUGAGUGUUCUUCUUUUUGAUUUUCAGUGACCAGAGCUGACAGCAGCUGUGACAGCGCAUUGGAAAUAUGCUCUAACGAGGAAAUCGAAUUCCAUUGUCCACUAUUUGACCGGGCUAUGAAGUCUAAUCAGUACCAAAGUCUUAUAUGGUCUGUGUUCGACCCAAAGAACCCAUCAGCGGAAAAGGAGAGUAUAUUUUACUGUGGUGAAAACCCUUUGAACUGUGCGACUUAUAAACUGAACAUUUAUAACGGACGAAUCUCUGUCAGAAGUCCUGUUCCAGGGAAACUGCUUUUGAAACACUUGACCAAGAAUGAUUUGCUGACCUACACCUGUGAAAUACAGCUCAAAGAUAUCAACCUCAACCAACUUGUUUGUAGAGUGAAUAUCACCUCGUCAGUUUAUUGUAAGUUUAUAGUGAUUAAUUUUUCGCUUUUUGGAGUAGGCCCCCUCCUUAAUUCCUUUCCCCGACAAACUACGUUUAGUUGCAACCAAAGGAAAAGUAUCGCCUAGAAACUUAGUUAGAUUGGCCAUUUGGUCGAACAAUACGCAUAGCAAGCAAAAUUGAAUGUUUCUUUUAUGGGAAAUCAGUCCAUUCAACCAGUUCAAUUAGUAACCCGACGAAUUCCGAAAACGGUUUUAAUUCGAUGCAUCGCAAAGAAUUACUUUUGUAAGUAAAGCACGGUGACUACGGGGUACAGACCUCAGACAACGACAUCAUGUAUCCAUUCUUGAUAGGUCUAUAUUCAUUUUCCGCACUUUGCAUAAAACUUUAUUAACACGCAAUAGCACUGGAUCACCCAUGGUAUGAGAAAGUCUGAAUUGCCUCAUCCAUAGUCGACUAACUAAUGCUUAGUCACCUGGCUUAUCUCUAUCCCUUAUAUUCAUUGCAACCAAUAACGACCGAAACUCUCCUCACAAACUGAAUCAACUAGCCUGCCUCGGAUAGGUGUAAGGAACAAUAAGAAGAGGUCUUCAGCCUGGGAGAAGUGUGGAAAGGAUGCAAGGUGUGAAGCUAAGGGGGAGGAAAAUCAUUACCUACAUAUACAUGCUUACCCUGUGGUUCACGACGACGUCAUACGUGGGUUAAGUUUGUUGUUGGUUCUCUCCCUUGCUCCGAGAGGUUUUUGUCCGGGUACUCCGGUUUUCCCCUCUCCUUAAAAACCAACAUUUCCAAAUUCAAAUUCGAUCUGGAACACAUAAACUCCUAAGUGAUCCGUGGGUAAACAAAUUGCAAAUUACGCACUGAUUCCCCUCUUCUUCUUUUGAAGAUUUUGCCCCCUUGCUAGCCUUGGUGAGCGACUCUUCUAACUCAUUUUCAAGUCCAUAUCUUUUUACAGACAGAGCUUUCCUGCAUGAAUUAAUUUCCUUUUUUUCCAGGUAUGACCGCCCAUACUGGUCAAAACCUUAGUCUGACCCCGCAAAAAGAAAGGGAAAAACAACUGUCCAAAAACUUAUUCGAUGAAGACAUCUGGUGGUUCAUGAUUGAAGACAAUGGAAGAAAGUGUAGAUUCCUCUACUGUAAUGCCACAGCAUACUGUGCUUUUACAAAGGAUCCUUGCUAUGAAUUCCGUGCAGAGUUCUUCAAAAGACUUGAGAUCGAGGAACUGUCAUUAACUUUGACCGACGUCCGGAAAGAAGAUUGUGGGUUAGUAUUUCAACGUCAAAUUCACCCUAACAGUUUGACUAAAAGAAGAGCUAAGCAGUGGCAUGAAUUAUAUACGGUGAAGAUUCAAAAUGUUUUACCUUCAGGUUAGUGGUAUAAAUAUCUGUUCAUUAUGCACCUUUUGAUAAACCAUUACGCAGAGGCAAUCCUCCAGCAGGGAGAUUUGAGCGCGGUCUGGGAGCGGGGUUUAGAUCAAUUGUCAAAUGGAGCAGUUAGUGGCCAUUUUACUCUCAGUAACUUGUCAAGUUUCCGUGAUCACCCGCGAGCCUUACCUGAGACCACGAGGUCCGACAGCAUGAAUAAAAUGUUGUGUUGUUGUUGUGUUACGAGAGCCUCCCCGAAGAAUUGCGUUUAUUGAAAUAAUCAAAAUGGUCCUUCGAGCCGGAUUUAAACUGUGUAGCCAGCUUUAGGAUGGAUGAACAUAAAAAGGCGCACUUCUUGAUACCGCCGCUCCAGUUUAUAUGCAGGUAUUUGCCGCGGAGUCGUCUAGGAUAGGGUGCUGAUCUCAAGAUUUUUAACACUUACUAAAUGAGGCUUGGCAUGAUUUGUAGACAUUAUGCAAAUUGCGAAGAAAGAACGGCCUCGGUGCAUAACAUCCUCCGAGAUCAGCAUAAUUUUUCACAUCAUACAGAGCCGAAUUUAAUAAUUGUGUUAUCAUUCAAACAAAAUAUUUCUAAGUUUUAACAAGCUUACCUCAGCGUAGACUUUCUUCAAAACUUUGGGCUAUUUCUCGGCACGGUUUCAGGAUUAAACAGAUUUUCUUCAGUGGAAGAUACACUUCUAUCGAGCAAUAUGUUUUGCGCAUUCUCGCAUUUCGUCCAUUCGGUUUUAGCCAGAAAUUCGGUCAGCCAUUUCGUUUUCGGAUAGCCUUGAACGCUAUUUUUUCUAGUUCCUUCUUGAACAAACCACUUUUGCGGCCUCGCCGGGAAUCGCAGUUGAUGGUUGCCCAAGGAGCCUCAUUUCCAACCAAUACAAUCGAAUAGAUGUUAUAUUAGUUGGCUCGCAUCUUCCAAAUUUGGUCAGCUGUGGUUGGUUAUGAAGAUGAUUAGCCGGGGGCUUUGAGCCAAUUAGAAACGGUGAAAUAUUUUGAAUGAAUUUUAAAAAGAAAUAUAUAUUUCAUGAUAGUCACACAUCUGAAAAUAACGAUAAAGUAAGUGUAUUCUAGAAGCGAAAUUAACAGAAAAAUAGAGACUUGGAAAUGAGAAUAAGGUUUUCGACCUCUGAUUUAAAAGAUGGUUUCAAAAAUAAAGCUGAAAACGUAUGCUAGACUAUGAAUAUUGGAGCGAAGUGACCGUUUGGUACACUGAGAUCUAAAUGAGAUUUUUACAUUUUCUUUUACAGAUUCAGAUCCCAGCAUCACUAACUCGCAAAGUACUCCUACAGAUGAUAGCAGUACAACAUAUACACCACCGACAUCCUCAGCUAAUUGUUGCCAAGUCUCCCGCUCUGCGUUCUCUGUAUUGACUUGUUUUUUGAUAGCAGCUUACUUUCUCACGCUGUAUUGA